AAAUAAUAUUGAAUUAGAAAUUAGACAUGACGAUAUUCGUAUAAUUAAUUUUAUGCUAGAUCAUGAACAUUAUUAUGAAUUUACGUUCUCUGAGACUUAUAUUAUUUUAGAAAAUAUGAGACAACACAUUGGAGAUCAUUUAGUUAAAAUAUUUUCUGAUUUAGGGAUAAAAUGGAAAUUCAGACAAGAUAAUAAUAAUUAUUUAGGUGAUUUGAAAAUCUUUAUUAUUAUCUCUUUCUCAUUUGAAAAUAACAGAUUAAUAUGUAAAGAUUUGUUUGCGAAAUUAUAUAAAACUGAAAAUUAUAAAAAUCCAAAUAACAAACAAUCUUAUUGA